CAUUGUACGGUAUUCGGGCGAGACCCUAGUUUCCGAUCCUUCAAACUAUGUAUUCGGCAAUCGUUGGACUUGAUUGCAUAAGGUUUAUCAACUUUCAAACGGUAUCUCGCGCAAUCCUACGCCAUCUUUCAUGCAGAGCGCAGCGUUUCUGCCCUAAGUCUGAAGCAAAGCAAUCCUCUCGAGAGGAAAGUCUUUUUCCUUCACAUGGUCUACAAAAUAUCCGAUCUGCUAGAGAUCCCUACAGCACUAGCGCAUCUGAGAGAAAGUGGAGCCUGAAGGGAAAAAAUCCCAGGCGCGAAGCAAGCGCAAACGCCACUACAAGCGCGCCCCCACGUGAUGAUAAAUCUCGCGUUCUGUUUAAGGACUGUCGGCUUGUGUACAUGCCAGUCAAUUUCUACAUAUACUUUUCAUCAUAAAAGACUUGUCAAAAACUGUCGAGUGCUCUUCAGCUCGCAAGGCUAAUUUGUCCAAUCACGCUCUACAACCCGAAGUGUUCAAAUAUGACUUCAAAAUCGAUGGCGAAAAGCACAGCGAAAAAGUGAUGAGGAAGGGAUUGCGAAUGAUCUUACCUGCUCCAAAAACAGGGGAAAUGGUAGAUGAUGCGUUCAAGGGUGGUUCCACCACCAUCAAUCUCGCCGACUAGGAACAUGAUCAGAAAGCACGUAGCGAGAUCCAAUCAGCGUCACACAAAUAGAGCUUGAUGCAAUCACACUGUUGAUUGCUCUUUGAUGCAAGGAGCAAGGUUGGUAAAAUUAAUUAACUAUGAAACAAAGAUCUGAGUUGUAUUCCUUUUCCCCAAUGCAAGCAUCCACCAGUACGCCGGAAACGCGGCAGCAAACACUUACACGGCAUACAGCAUACAACGAUCAAUCCGGGAACAUGCAUCAGAUCAAAUCAAGAUACAUAUGCAGAACAUCCUUGAAAAAUGAAAAGGCCUAACGAACAACCAAACAUUGCUCAAGGGAAAAAAAAAUUCAAUCCACAGCCUAUCCGAGUUGUGAAUGCAGUGACCUCACGUCGUUUUCACACUGCAAUCUCUCUUUUCCCGGUCACGGUUGCAUACACAACAUAUCGUUGAGAGUACAACAGGACCGUGAUAUCUGCCGCGUGUUACAGAUGGGUGUACCUGUACAACCCGUCAUAUAUUCGUUUUUCCCGAUUAGAAACAAACACGGCGCGCGAUAUUUUUUUGUUUUCAUGUUGGCGAAAAGAUUUUUAAUGAAUCGAAAGGUAUAUUAUGCGCGACAGUGGUGUGUUCCUCAGUCGUUUGCUCUCUCUCAAAUUUCCUCUCUCUCUCUUUCUCUUUUCACUCAUUUUCCAAAAAAAUACAAAAUCCUGCACACCACAUCUGCCGACCAAAGUUGAACAAAGUCCGUGAAACAGAACGAAAAAGCAAAGAAGCAACAAAACGAAAGAAACAACAACACAAAGCCAAUAAUAACCCGAGACAUCGCCACGAUAUAUCCUCACAACACCAGAUAAAAUUCUUCUUCGAUUCGAAGCAAAAAUUAAGACGAAAACAAUGUCACCAACCUGCCUAACACUCCUCAAAUCCAUCUUCUCAAACAUAAGCCCUCCACACCCUACCGUCCCCGUCAAGAACCCAAACAUCCGACACCACCGCUCACACUCACGACCCCAGCACCUCUCCCGCGAAAAGCCCAAGACAAAAUCCAAAUCCAAAUCGAAGCCCAGCUCGAAAUCAAAGUCAACGUCAAGAUCCUCACCAUCAUCCCACACAACUCGAAAAGGUCACCACAAGAGACAGAGAUCCCUACGCUUCAACCCCAGCACUCCACCACCACCACCCUCACCAUCGCUUUACUCGUGCAGCUACGCCACGACGCCAAACUUCCUUGCCCUCCCGCGGCCCCAACCUCCGGCGUCUUUCCGCU